UCUCAAAUCAAAUCGGAAAGGUCAAAACAAUGUAAAUAAAUAAAUGAAAAAUAUUUUUUCUUCGAAAAGAAAAAUCACUUUUACAAGUUGUAACAUGUGGAAAUCGUGUAGUUUGAAUUUAGUUUUAAAAAAAAUCAUACAAACCCGUUUUUUUCAAACUGUUUCGUACUCCAAAAAGGUAGGCAAACUUUCGAUCUAUGAAGUGAAUCAAAUGUUAACAGCAAACGAAUGUGCCAAGGAGUUCAAUAAGGGACCAGUCAAAAGUCUUGAUAGUAACAGCCUCGGAUCGAAUAUACCAAUAGAAGAUUCACGUUCUGCUAUUAUAUCAAAUUUUGAUUCGAGCCUUCUUGUAGGAGUGUUUGAUGGUCAUGGUGGUCCUGCUUGUAGCCAAGUUGUGUCCAAAAGAAUUAUGAGAAUGAUAGCUACAAGCUUAAUGCCUAAAAAUUUACUAAAAACAUAUGAUCAGAGUCAAAACAACAUUUUUGCAUCGUGUUUAAAUGAUAGCUUUGAGUUUGUUGAUGAACUCAAACACAUUUAUGAAGAGAGUUUUGCAAAGUAUGUUGCAGACCUUAUAAACGAUUCCUUGUAUGAUACACACGAUAUAACAGAAAAAAUCAAAAAUGCUUUUUUUCAACUUGAUAAGGCACUUUCAGAUGAAGCAUUAAAUUAUAACUGUAAAAGAACAAUGGCUGUUGCUCUCUCUGGAACUUGCGCAUUAUUAGCACACGUAUCGAAAAAUAAUCUUACCGUUGCAAAUCUUGGGGAUUGCGUUGCGGUGGUAGGCUCUUAUUCUGAAAAUGGUGAAUGGAUCGCAAAGAAAAUUACAAAUGAACAUAAUGCAGAUAAUUUGAAUGAGAUUCGUCGUAUAAUAUCAGAACAUCCAAAUAAUGAAAAAGAUAGUGUCAUUCGGUCAGAGAGAUUGCUUGGACAAUUAGCUCCACUUAGAGCUUUAGGAGACUUUAGAUUCAAGUGGAGUAAAAAAAUUUUAGAAGAAUUAGUAGUUCCAAUAUAUGGUCUUCAGUCGAUUCCUGUACACUAUAAUACUCCCCCUUAUUUGUCACCAUGUCCGGAAAUUUUUCAGUAUAAUAUCAACACAACGGAUAAAUUUUUAGUAUUAGCUACUGACGGUUUAUGGGAAAUAAUGACUCCUAUGCAAGUAGUUCGGCUUAUAGGUGAACAUAUGGUGGGCAAGGCAUUUCUGCAACCAUUAAGGCUACCUAAACGGAAAUUGUCAAUUGGAGAUAUCAACAUUAUUUUGGACCAGCGGGCGAAAGGUCUUCUAAUGCAACCUCAUGACCGUAAUGCAGCGACGCAUUUAAUUAGAAAUGCAUUAGGUGGUACAGAAUAUGGAAUCAGUGAAGAUAAACUUUCACAUAUGUUGUCUCUUCCUCAGGAAAUAGUCAGGUUAUUUCGAGAUGAUAUAACUAUAAUGAUAGUGUAUUUUGAUUCUAAUUUUAUAAGAACAUGUCCUACAGUUAAAAGCAAUUGACUUUAUGU